UAAAUAUACAAACACAUCGUGCUCCUUCUUUGCUUCGUCAAGUGCCGGCGUUGGCAUCGGUGGUCCAUCAGCAGCAGAAUCUGAGCGAAAGCUGCCGAAAGGGCUGGGGGAAGGGAGAAAGCAGCAGCAGCAGCAACGAGCAAACGGAGCAGGCAAAGCGCCCCGUAGCAGAGGGGAGAGGAGAGCCCAGGCAGGGUGAGCAUUUCGUGCUUCUUUACAGGAGCUUUCUGCAGCCCUCACGCAUCCCUUGCGAGCACGCGUCCAUCUGCAUCCCAGGGAAAAGCGUCUUUCUAGGAGCGAGAGCUGGAAAUCAGGCAGAAGAGAAUGGGAAGGAUGUAAAUCAGCUAUUACUGCCUCCCGAAGAGAGGUGAGAGAGGGAGAGGAAGGAGUUCAGGGGGAUGAAGCUGGAGGAUCCGGAGACUCAGAGAGGAAAAGUUGCCCUGACGGGAGCCUCUGUGUGCUAGAGCCUGAGCUUUGCUCCACAAUGGGAUUUCUUGUGGCUAAAGGAAACCUCCUCCUCCUGUUGUGUGCCAGCACCUUCCCCGCCUUCGGCCACGUCGAAACCCGAGCCCACGCGGAGGAGCGUCUCCUGAAGAAACUCUUCUCCGGGUAUAACAAGUGGUCCCGCCCCGUCGCCAACAUUUCCGACGUGGUCCUGGUUCGCUUCGGCUUGUCCAUCGCGCAGCUCAUCGAUGUUGAUGAGAAGAACCAAAUGAUGACCACAAAUGUGUGGGUGAAGCAGGAGUGGCAUGACUACAAGCUGCGCUGGGACCCCCAGGAAUAUGAAAAUGUCACAUCCAUCCGAAUCCCCUCGGAGCUCAUCUGGAGGCCAGACAUUGUCCUCUACAACAAUGCUGAUGGUGACUUUGCGGUCACCCACCUGACCAAGGCUCACCUCUUCUAUGAUGGGAGAAUUAAAUGGAUGCCACCUGCUAUCUAUAAAAGCUCCUGCAGCAUCGAUGUUACCUUCUUCCCCUUUGACCAGCAAAACUGUACAAUGAAAUUUGGCUCCUGGACGUAUGACAAAGCCAAGAUAGACUUGGUGAGCAUGCAUAGCCAUGUGGACCAGCUGGACUACUGGGAGAGCGGGGAAUGGGUCAUCAUUAAUGCUGUGGGCAAUUACAACAGCAAGAAAUAUGAAUGCUGCACAGAGAUCUACCCCGACAUAACUUACUCCUUCAUUAUCCGGAGGCUGCCACUGUUCUACACAAUCAACCUGAUCAUCCCCUGCCUGCUUAUCUCCUGCCUGACUGUCCUGGUCUUCUACCUGCCCUCUGAGUGUGGAGAAAAGAUAACUUUGUGCAUCUCCGUGCUGCUAUCCCUCACUGUGUUCCUGCUGCUCAUCACGGAGAUCAUCCCUUCUACCUCCUUGGUCAUCCCCCUGAUUGGGGAGUACCUGCUGUUCACCAUGAUAUUUGUCACCUUGUCCAUCAUCAUCACCGUCUUUGUGCUCAACGUGCACCAUCGUUCCCCGCGCACCCACACGAUGCCUGACUGGGUGAGGAGGAUCUUCCUCGACAUAGUCCCACGUCUCCUCUUCAUGAAACGUCCCUCUACGGUGAAAGACAAUUGCAAGAAGCUCAUUGAAUCUAUGCACAAAAUAACCAACUCACCGAGACUUUGGUCCGAGACCGACAUGGAGCCCAACUUCACUACCUCAUCUUCCCCCAGCCCCCAGAGUAACGAGCCGUCACCCACAGCUUCCUUCUGUGCCCACCUCGAGGAGCCAGCCAAACCCCAGCCUAUCUGCAAAUCUCCUUCUGGGCAGUACUCCGUGCUACACCCAGAGCCUGUACAGGUGACCUGCUCCUCUCCGCAGCCCUCACGCCACCUCCUGAGUGACACCCAGACCACAUCCAUCUCCAAAGGCAGGUCGCUGAGCGUUCAGCAGAUGUACAGCCCCAACAAGGCAGAGGAAGGGAGCAUCCGCUGUCGGUCCCGAAGCAUCCAGUACUGUUACCUGCAGGAGGACUCUUCCCAGACCAACGGCCAGUCCAGUGCCUCACCAGCAUCCCAGCGCUGCCACCUAAAUGAAGAGCAGCCCCAGCACAAGCCCCACCAGUGCAAGUGUAAGUGCAAAAAGAGCGAGGCGGCCGGCACACCGGCUCAAGGAAGCAAGACUCACAGCAACAAAGGAGAACAUCUCGUCUUGAUGUCCCCAGCACUGAAGCUGGCAGUGGAAGGGGUUCACUACAUUGCAGACCACCUGCGAGCAGAAGAUGCAGAUUUCUCGGUGAAGGAAGACUGGAAGUACGUUGCGAUGGUCAUUGACAGGAUCUUCCUCUGGAUGUUCAUCAUUGUGUGUUUGCUGGGAACUGUCGGGCUCUUCCUCCCACCGUGGCUGGCAGGAAUGAUCUAAGCAUAGCCACAAAAAGAAGAAAAUCUAUCCCACUCUGUGGAUUUUUCUUCACCUGGAAGGAGAUGAGCAGAGAAAUGGAGCCAGCCCUUUGAAUAAUUUACUGCGUGUCUGCGCAUGAGUUGUUCCAGAGCACUCUGGGAACACUUUCCAAGGUCACAUCGUUUUGCCGAGCCAUUUUCAUCUCCUCCAUCUAAUUUCGGGGAAAAGUUCUCAUUAAAGAUUGUACAUAGCAUGGUGGCAUUCAUUGGCAUAUACUCAGCAAUGUAAGCCCACGAGCUUGCUCCCUAAAGCAGCACCAACAGAGGCUUCGUGUAUCCAAAGCAGCCCCUGGCAGAUCAGCUCCGCUCGUCUUCAGAGCUCUCCGCGUGCCCUGCCUUGUAACCUUGCCCUGUCCAGCUGAAUGGUUCAGGACCGCGUGUCCCUGUACGAGUCCUUUGAUAAAUAAAGCUCCAAAUUCGGGAUACCUGUGCAGGGUGUGUGCUGUGCGUUCAGGGGUCAGCUGGCACAGGCAGACAGGCUGAAGGAAUUGCUCACUGCAGCUCAGUCUCUCUAGGACCAAAAGGGAUCAUUAGCCCCCAAAACACAGUGGUUGCAGUGAUCGUAUUGACAGAGUUUUCUUUGGCCAACACCCUUCAGAAGCCAUGGGGAUGAGGGACAUCAUCAGCAAGUGAGGAUCAGGCAAAUUAAUGGAGUGUUUGGUGCUGAGUUUCAGACCAUGUUUGUAGGAUUUUGGUGUGCUUUCAUGGGAAAUUUCCUGGAUCCCAGUUCUGGCUGCUGCUGAAUAGCUGGGAAUCACCCUGGGCUGUGAAAUCCUUACCGUAGGUAGGCAAUGUGGUUGGUGUUACACAAGAGGUGGAGAAGGUACGGCAGAAAUCUGGGACAGUGUGUCAGUGUAACAAAGAAAUGGGCCGUUCCUUGUGAAAACCUGAACAGGACAGGCACCGGCACUUGGGAAUUCAGAAUGGCACUUUGCAGAAAUUACAGGAAUUUGGGCUUUAAAUUCAGUUAGUCAGUCUGAAUGUCUCAUUGGCUGAUCAGAUUUUAACCAGCCAGUUAAAUAAAACAGCAUAAAGAAACCAGCAGGCAUGGGCUGACUGCUCUAACAGAGUGGCACUAUUUCACCCUGCUGCUGACCUCUCCUAGAAGAUGCUUAUUCUGGAUUAAUUUUAUUUUUCAAGCCCAAAGCCCAGUGCAGCAGACUAUCUGCAGGUCCUGGUACGAGUCAGAGCCUGGGGUGGGGGGCUCACUGCACCCCAAUGUGGGAGGGUGGGACAUGAGGCUCACUCACACUCAGCUGUGUUAGCUUGGGACAGAAGCACUGGAAUGGGAAUAAAAUGCCCUAAGGAGACUCUUUCAAACACAAGACACUGCACGCAGUUCAAGCAGUACAAGCUAAAAAUCAAAGCGACCAUCAAAGUGUUCAGCCUGCUUGGCCUGCUGACCCCGCUUGCUUUUCUUGUGGCAGAAGCUGCAGCUGACCUCCUUGUUCACAUCCUCGACUUGUGAUCCCAACACAGCCCAGCCGUGGCAUGGGCAAGUUCCCCAGGAGCUGUGCUGGUACUGGUACGGCAGCCAGCGAGCCUGCUGCCUCUUUGCUUGUUUUCAGAAUAAAGAGACUCGCUCUUUGGAGAUGCUAAUUUAUCCCUUUUCACAGUCAGUGAGCUCGCUUAUGGCAAGGAAAGGAAAACAAACAGUCAAACAUCUUCAAGGUCUAGUGCAUCCAUGUACAAGCACAGCUGCAGCCAGCGUGGAGGCGGCUGCAUGCGGAGGGGGAUGCGCUGCGGUCUGUAUGCAGACAAGCUGCUCUUGCACAGGCAGCCUGAGCUCACAGUUCAAGUGCACGGAUGAAAUAAUCAGGGAAAGUGAGAGGAUUUUUGACCCUGGGCACUGUUGUGCCCACCAUGGCUGCUCAGAAAGAACUCCCUGUACAACCUCCUCCUCCAGCCCCCGAGCAGCAGUGACAGCAGUACAGGUGGGAGGCUCGGCUGUGCACGCACACCUGUAGCAGUAACUCCACCCAGGCUGUCUGAGAGAGGAUGGAGAGUGGGCAGCAGCUUGGGUCUCUGCUCUUGUAUCCCAGCACAGGUCGGCUGGGGCAGCAGCGGGGGUGAUGGUGGCUGUAUGGCAAGAGCUGCGAUCAGGUCCCUGCCUAGCAGAGAGGAAGGGCUUGGGGGUAGCAGUAGAGCUGAUAAAGGUUUAAGGGCAGAUAUAAGAGCCAAAUGUUUAGGGUGGCAUAUUGUGAAAUUCUGUAGGAGAAGGCAUAGGCUGCAUGUUGUUCACAGCAAAGAGACCAUCCCAACUCACCACCUUUUCUGAAAAAAAAAACAAAAACACCACAAACAAAGAUAACCAAACCUGGUUAUUACCGGUGUGCACCGUGCAAACAGCAGCAUCUCCAGGGUAGCACCGCACUGUGACAGCAGAGGAGCAGGACGGCCUGGCAAGGGCACAAAAACGUAAUUCUGAGCCUGGCAGAACAGUCCUGCCGCACUGGGCUGCCUGCACACACCUGCUCCAUUAGCACAUCAGCAUAUCAGGUGUCAUUAGGGAUAAUAAGGAUGGGGCUGCG